AAAAUGAAUUUCGACCAAAUCCUUGCAUCCAUUGGAGGUUUUGGGAGAUACCAGAAGAUCUUGUACAUCUGGAUCUGUUUGCCUCAGAUCCUUCUCGCCUUCCACAUGAUGGUGAGCGUCUUCACCGGGGCCACGCCGCCCCAUCAGUGCUGGGAGGGCCCCAGGUCAGGGGCCGGGAACCAGACGUGGAUCCCCCGGACCCUGAACCUCAGCCUCCCUGACUCCUCCUGCUUCUCCUCGUUGAACCGGACCGAGCCGGUCCCAUGUAGCCAUGGAUGGGUCUAUAGCUCCGAGAUUUUCCAGAGCACCACUGUCACUGAGUGGGACCUGGUGUGCAGCAGAGCUAAACUCAACAGUUACGGGUCAUCUGUCUACAUGUUUGGUCUGUUGGUGGGAUCUGUGGUGUUUGGAGCCAUGGCUGACAGGUAUGGUCGGCGUUUGGUCUUGCUCUGGUCCAUAGCUCUUCAGACUGUCUUCGGAGUCGCUGUAGCUUUUGCACCCAACUUCCCAGUUUAUGUGAUUCUUCGCUUUGCAGUUGGGACCACCAUAUCCGGAGUCAUUAUCAACGCUUUUGUUCUCGGUACUGAGUGGACCUGCACCAAGAGGCGCAUGCUGGCUGGCAUCAUCACAGACUACACCUUUGGCCUGGGUUACAUGCUGCUUGCAGGAGUGGCGUGCCUCAUACGAGACUGGAGAAAGCUGCAACUAGCUAUAUCAGCUCCAGGCUUCCUGCUUAUCUUCUACAUAUGGGUGCUCCCCCAGUCUGCCAGGUGGUUAAUAGCCAACGACAGGCGGAAGGAGGCCAUCGCACUCCUGAAAAAAGCAGCACUUGUGAACGGACGGGUUUUACCUCCUGCUGUCCAGGAUGAAAAGUGGGACAUUUUAGGUGGGGCGAAGCAGCGCCACUCUCCAGUGGAUCUUGUACGAAGGCCUCAGAUGAGAAAACGGGCCAUCAUCUUGUUCUACAUCUGGUUUGUGAAUGUGCUGGUGUAUUAUGGCCUCUCCCUGGGUGUAUCCAGGUUAGGGACAGACCUGUACCUGACCCAGUUUGUGUUUGGGUUGGUUGAGAUCCCAGCUCGCACUCUGGUCCUCCUCGUCCUGCCGUUCAGCCGCAGACUCAGCCAAAGUGGCUUCCUGGCAGUUGGCGGUCUUGCCUGUCUGCUCAUGCUCUCCAUCCCUGCUGAUCAUCCUAAUAUCCUGACUGGGCUCGCCAUGGUCGGCAAGUUUGGUAUAACGGGUUCUUUCGCUGUCAUCUACGUAUACACUGCUGAGUUAUUCCCAACUGUGGUAAGGCAAACGGGGAUAGGCGUGUGCGGCAUGUUUGCGAGGUUGGGUGGUGUGUUAGCCCCCAUAAUCAACAUGCUAGAUAACCACAGCCCUGCUACACCCCUCAUCAUCUUCGGUACCUCUCCACUCCUGGGGGCUGUCUUUGCCCUGGCUCUGCCUGAAACUGCCGACAGACCUCUGCCAGACACGCUGGACGAUGCAGAGACCUGGGAUGACAGCUUGGUUCCCACCAAGACAAACCCUGAGCUGUGUGAAGACUUCAGCCCGUCAGCAAGCGGCACAGAGAAGCAGGAGCAAGCAGGACUGAAGGGUGUAAAAGGAUGA